CUUUUUGCUAUAUAACUUGGAGUGAACAUUUCGACUGGUAGAUUUAGAAUAUUAUGUCUUUAAUUGAUAUAGAUAAAGAGGAAUAUAUUUGUUCUCUGGACGAGAAGAGUAUUGAAAAGGCCAGAAAAGAGUUGAAUGAAAAUCCCAAGGAUCGAUUAAGCUCUUUGACGACUUUUAGGAAAUGGAUUGAAGAACAGAAGUAUUUGCGAUGCGAUACAUCCGCUCACUUCCUACUUCCUUUUCUUCGUACGGCUAAAUUUAGUCAACUAAAAGCAAGGUCUAUGCUUGAAGGUUAUUUGACAGUUCUCUCUAAACAUCCGGAGAGAUUCGGCAACAUUGAUGUCAAAGAUGAAAGAUUUAUGAAUACAUUAAAUCAAGGCGAUAUUUUACCAUUGCCAAGAUAUGAUAAACAUGGACGUAAGGUAGUUUUACAUAUCGUAAGAAAUUUGAAUACAAAAGGAGAGGUUUCAUCUGUUGACCUUCUCCGUAAGUGGUGGGCUCAAGCCCUUCUACUAAGGUUUGACGAAAGAGUUCAAGUGAAUGGUAUUGCAAUACUCCUUGAUUGUUCAGGAUAUAAUUUAAAACAUUUUGAGGUAUUAAGUCUCGAAGAGAGAAAACAAAUGCAGGCUUUAUGGCAGGGGAAUAUGCCUACUAGAUUUAAACAAUUCAUAAUGUACAAUAUAGGAGGAAUGUUCAAAGUUAUUUUUCAGAUGGUUAAACCAUUCAUUUCCAAAAAAUUUCAACAAAGAACUAAGGUUGUUAAUAGUCUGGAAGAGAUUUAUAAGGAAAUUCCUUUGGAAAAUUUACCGGAAGAAUACUUACCGGACGACUACGUCGGAAAAGGAGCGGGAAAAUUGGCAGAUUUAAUGGAAGAUCAUAAACUCGAUUUGUUAAAGAAUAGAGAUAGAAUAUUACACGCUACCGAUCCUUCGAAGUAUUUUUACGAUAUUAAUAUGAAAGAUAAGAGCGUUAUUCAGCAAUCGUACAGAAAGAUUUCAACCGAAUGA